AUGGCGCCUUCGCUGGAGGAGGCUAUUAAUACACGACCCAUAUCGCCAAUGCUCCUCGCCCUCGCCGACGCGCUUUCGGGACGCGUCCUCUCUCCCUCGCCCUCUCGCCCCUUGUCCUCUACGCCAACCGACGCGCAAGAGCGGGCCGCAGCAGAGAGCGUGGCCGCAGAGGAUCCGCAGCUCGAUGUCAAGAACGAGAAGGGAGUAGUGGACAGCGACGACGAUGACGCGGCCUCCAAGGAGCUCACGACAGCAGUCGAUCCGGAGGUGAACCCGGGUGGGCUGACGUUCGAGGAAGACGCUGCCGGGGGCAUGGGGCGUCAUUUAGGCGUGUUCAGUUGCACACUGCUCAUUGUCGGUCGCAUCAUCGGUACUGGCAUCUUCUCCACCACCUCCACGAUCCUCAACUCCGUCGGCUCCAUCGGCGCGUCGCUCAUGCUAUGGGUGCUCGGCUUCAUCCUCUCCUUCUGCGGCCUGUUCAUCUGGCUUGAGUUCGGGACCAUGUUCCCGCGCUCGGGAGGAGAGAAGGUCUACUUGGAGGCCUCCUAUAAAAAGCCGAAGUACCUUGUUACCGUCAUUUUCGCCGCAAACGCGAUUUUGCUCGGCUUCACUGCCUCCGGAUGUAUCCAUAGCAUUCUCGUGACUGCAGGACACACCGCCGAUCGCUGGGUGACGCGUGGCAUCGCUCUCGCAGUGAUUUUCUUCGUGACGCUUCUUCACGGUCUGACCCCGCGUCUUGGUGUUUAUGUCAUGAAUGUGAGACUGCAUUUCGUUGUGUUAUCCGCAUAUCUCAUCCCCGCUGAUAGUUCUGCUUCAGGUUGGGUCGUGCUCUCGGGAGCCACCAGCAUCAAGGAUUCCCACACGCACUUCCACAACGCGUUCGCCGGCAGCUCGCACAGCAGCAACGACUAUGCGACAGCCACCUUCAAAGUACUGAAUUCGUACGCGGGCUGGUCGAACGUCAAUUACGUGCUCAACAACGUCAAGAACCCCGUGCGCACGCUCAAGAUUGCGGGUCCGCUCGGACUGGGGAUCUGCGCUGUGCUUUACCUGCUCGCUAACGUUGCCUACUUCGCUGCGGCGACGAAGGAAGAGAUUGCACACUCUGGCGUGACGGUUGCGAGUCUGUUCUUCAAGAAGGUUUUCGGUGCGACCGCGCAGAAGGCGCUGACGGUAUUCGUUGCGCUGAGUGCUCUUGGGUGGACAUUUGCCGCUUCUCGUGUGAAUCAGGAGCUCGCCAAAGAAGGCAUCCCUCUCCCUUCGGCAGUGAUCGUCAUCCUCGGGCCUCCGCCUGCAGUCGCAUAUCCCUUCAUCGUGGACGUUGAAGGGUACCCGCAGCAGAUCAUCAACUUCUUCAUCGUCGCUGGCCUCUUUUACCUCCGGUGGCACAAGCCGAACCUCCCGCGGCCCUUCAAGGUCUGGUGGCCGCUCGCGGUAUUCUUCUUGGCGGCGUCCGUCUUCCUGCUCGUUGCGCCCUUCCUCAGGCCUGCGAAUGGUGUCGGCGAUACACCUCCGCUCCCGUACUACCUGUGCGUGUCUUCUAUGGUAUUGUCUUGUCGGGAUUGGGGUCAUGGCGCCGGCGUGGUCUACUGGGCGGCGUGGCGCGUGCUGCCUGGAUAUCUUGGUUACGAGCUCAUCCCCCGCAAGGAAAAAUUGGACGACGGUACCGUCGUUACUCUGUUCUCGCACAAAAAGAUCGACUAG